UUCGGGGCAGCGGCAGAGUUUCCAGCUGCUGUCGGUGUCUGCGGACACAGCGGGUGGUUUCUGAGGUGGAGGCGCUGCUUUACUGACUCUAUCUGGAAUACAACUCAGCUCCAAGUCACCGUUAAAGUUGCCGUCGGGUGAGGUGAAGAUGGUGGACCGGCUUGCGAACAGCGAGGCCAACUCCAAGCGGAUCGCGGUGGUGGAGGGCUGCUUUGGGGCGGCGGGCCAGCCGCUGGCCAUCCCGGGCCGCGUGCUGAUCGGCGAGGGCGUCCUCACCAAACUCUGCCGCAAGAAGCCGAAGGCGCGGCAGUUCUUCCUCUUCAACGACAUCCUGGUCUACGGCAACAUCGUCAUUCAGAAGAAGAAGUACAACAAGCAGCACAUCAUCCCGCUGGAGAGCGUCACCAUCGACACGGUGCCGGACGAGGGCGACCUGCGCAACGGCUGGCUCAUCAAGACGCCCACCAAGUCCUUCGCCGUCUACGCCGCCACCGCCACCGAGAAGUCGGAGUGGAUGAACCACAUAGGGAAAUGUGUGGGAGACUUGCUACAGAAAAGCGGCAAGGCUCCGACCGGAGAGCACGCCGCCGUCUGGGUGCCCGACUCAGAGGCGGCGGUGUGCAUGCGCUGCCAGAAGGUGAAGUUCACACCUGUGAGCCGCCGCCACCACUGCAGGAAGUGCGGCUUCGUGGUGUGCGGGCCGUGCUCGGAGAAGAAGUACCUCCUGCCCAGCCAGUCGUCUAAACCCGUCCGAGUCUGCGAAUACUGCUACGUGCAGCUGACGUCGGGGAGCCUCGCGCCGCGGUCAGACUCCAUCAGCCGGCCGGGGUCAAAGUUCAACAACCUGUCGGACGACGAGGACGAAGACGACAGCAGUGACUGAGGAACGAACCGUUCCUCCCGGCGGCCUGUCCCGUCCCCUCGCCGAGGAGGAAACCGCUCUGAUUCUUCCUCGUUUCUUUCUCCUCCGUGAUCGUCGAAUCGCGCUCAAGGAUUAAUUCAUGAAUUCAGCCGGAGUCUCGUCUACAAACCAAAUAAUUUUAUUUCCUCCUCUGAUUCCAGCAGGGAUAAACACGGUGAUUAAUCAAUGAAAUGUGGAAUGAACAGGUGACCGGCAGAACUGUGAGGGAAAAGUCUGCUCAUCGCCUCCACUCUGCUCAGUCCGCCCUCCUCUCUUGACUCUUAAUUAGGCAGCAAUUAGUCACUACAGAACACAAUGGUGCUAAUGAGAAGCUUCCCUCCCCCCUCUCCUCCUCUUAAGUUAAUUUCAUCCUCGUCGAUUUCCCCCCCCAAGACUCAUUUAUUCUCAUUAUUUUUAAUUUACUGUCCAUGAACUACACGAGGUGACUGCUCUUAAUUUCUGCAGGGAAAAAGCAAAUGUUUGGGCUCUAACCUUUUUAUCUCCUCUAUCCUUCAGGUUUUUCUACCAAACGUGGGGCUUUUUUUCUCACACAAGUUUGGUGUUUAGUUUUGUUUUGGGUUUUUUUUUUUCUGCUCGAUUUUCCAGCAAAAUGUAAAAGCUGAAGCAAAGAUCCCUUUUCUAAAUAACAAAAUUUAGAUUUUGCGCUUUUCUAGUCGACUUAAUCUAGUUGCUUCUGACAAAUCAGCAAAAGCUCGUCUCACAGCGAGUGUGUUUGUCUCUCAGUGGCUGCCCCCCCUCCCAAAAAAAAAAACAAAACAACUAACUCUACCUUCUGCCUAUAAUGUCACGUAGUGCCUUAUUUUAAAAAAAAAAAAAAAAAAAAAAUUGAGGUCAGCCUCCAGUAAUAAGGUUGUUUGUUAAUGAAUCCAGGCUGCAGAAACAGGCGUUUCAUGAAAGGUUGGCUCUGAAGCACAUUACACAGGAUGGAGAUAUUGUUUGUUUUUGGGUUGUUUUUUUUUUUUUUAAUGCGUGAGCGUGCAGCAAGAGGGAGAGCAGGGAUAUUACCAACCGUUUCCUCUUCUUCCAGAAACUACAGAAAACCAGAAACUACACUUAAACCAGGCGUCAAUCACUGGUACUGAAUAAUAAUGUGAGUUGUUGAAGACCUGGUGCUGGCUUUGAGAUUGAGCUGCUAAAAGGUGUUUAGUUUUUUUGUUUUUUUCGCCACUACAGGAAUUUAACAACCUGUAAUCUGGAGCCUCCAAUGAAUAGAACCUGGUUCUAGUUCCUGUCUUGUUUCCACUGGAUAUGCAGGUCUGACUUUUUCUGCUUUGUAAUGUGAAAUCAGGGAGGUGAAGCCGAAGAAUCUUGUGCAGAACAGACUGAAAAUCAAAUGCAGUAACGUAGAGUUUGCUGCCAAAGUCGAUAUGUAAACAUGUAAACAUCUCUGCCGACCUUUAUGGGUGACUGGACCUCAUAGAGGAGCCAGCGCACAUAUUUUCCAAAGGUCAACAAUGUGUUGUAUGGACCUUUUAUGUCGAGCCAGUUUGAUGCAGCUCCAGUUAGAAAUAGAGAUCAGGAGGGGAUAAAGUUAAGUUUGCACAUGAAAGUAUAAAAGAAAUAGAAGUAAUGCACACUGUACAAGUAUGGUACUACACCCAUAUAAACACCAACAGGCUGCCUCCAUCAUGACAGGUGCAGUACUAAUAUACCAACACUACAAAAACAUUACAAGGAGCUGUAGUUAAAACAGUAACGUGUGCACCUCAACAAUCGGUCAGUUCACAGUCAUGGACUCUUUUUGCAGAGAGACCAGCUAAAAACACAAGUCCUGCUCUGUUAAUCUCAGUGUUUGCCGCGUUGCAACACCAACUCAGAAACCGGUGGAAACAAAAGCAGAACAGUUACAGGUCGUUAACUUCCUGCAGUGGGAACGGGCUUCGAUGUCGUUGGGUGGAUGAGGAGUUUGAGGCUGGACGUGAGCAGAGAGGUGAUAUGAAUAUAAUCUAGAGUAGAGAGCAGCAGUGAGGGUGAUUGUGUCGAGUAAAUGAAUGAAAUGCAAUAAUGAAUCAUUGAUAAUGAGUGGAAGCGUUGGGGCCUGCGUUGUGUUUUCUUUAGCAAUCGCGCGAUCGUGCUGUUGCAUCACAGUCUGUGUAAUUCCUCCUUAAGCUGAAGUGGAUAUACUGGACUGAACCAGGAAGUCGGCGUCGCUGACUCCUCCCUGUGCUCAGGUCAGAGGGUCGCGCCGUGUUGCGAAACAAACGCAGAGUCGUUUAACCUCCUUCCCUCCUUCCUUCCUUGUGUCCUCUCUUCCUUCCUUCCUUUUUUUUUUCACUACCACAACUUUCCUUUUGAAAAAGCACAGUCUACUGAUCAUGUGACAUUUGUGUGUGUGUGUGUGUGUGUGUGUGUGUGUGUGUGUGUGUGUGUGUGUGUGUGUGUGUGUGUGUGUGUGUGUGUGUGUGUGUGUGUGUGUGUGUGUGUGUGUGUGUGUGUGUGUGUGUGUGGGCGAGCGUGACCCGGAUCAUGUGAUCAGCCGCUGAAAAACCGGGAAUCGAAAGAGGCCUCUGAUGAGCUACCUGCAGGAUCCAGCUGCAGCUUGUCUCACAGAUGUUCAUGUCAUCAGGUUUAGGAGUUUCUCUUCCCACUGACUCCUCUGAAGAGUUUGGUUCCUUUUUAAACAACCACAGGCAGGAGUGACUCAUCUCACACUCAGAGAGAGAGAGAGAGAAAAAAACCACCUGACCUACAUUACUGCCGUUCCAAAAAUGUGGUUACAGUCUUAAAAGUCAGCAUGGAUAACCAUAGCAGCCAGAAACUUUUAAUAGAGUAGAAAUUAUUCGUUAUUUUUCAUUUCAAGUCGUCACCCUGGACUUUCCUCGUGGUCUCCAGACGUCUUCACAGCUGCACUCAGGUUUCCUAGUGUCUCAGACCAGGUGUAGGACAUGGAAACUACUGGGACUGUCGACCCCGAUGGCCGAGCGCAAAACACAUGGGCGUAAUGAGCCCUGAGCGCCCCCCCCCCCCCCCCCCCCUCCCCUCCCUCCUGUAUUUCCUGGAGAGACACUUUCAAAUACAAAAAAAGAAUUAAAGGGAAACACACACUCGCGACGUCUUGGCUUAACCCAGAUCGUCCUUACACACCGCCGUCUCAACAUGGACGCACAGAAACACGCCGCUCCUACACAGCAGAGCUCGACAGCAGUCGUCAAAUGACAUCUACAAUGACUGUGUGUUGCUUUUAAUAUCACGGCUGUGUCUCAAAUCACUCCCUAAUCACUAUAUAGUGCACUUUACUUCCUGUCGUGCUUUUUAUACGGCCUCAAAAACUCCCACAGUUUUUGUUUUUUUUUGGGGGGGGGGGGGGUUUUGUGGCACAAAAUCAAAAUUGUUUCCAUUGGAUUUCCUCUGGACACUGAGUGAGUAAUUGUGUGUUAUCUAGUUGGUACGGAGGUGAUUUGGGUCACAGCUCUGGACUCGGUGCAGACGGAGGCGUUGAUUAGAUCUGAAGUAAAUCUGUUCCGUCGCACCGCAGAGAGAAACUCCUUCAGUGCAGACGGCCCUGUCGCACCCGGCUGGAUCUGAAGCGCACUCUCAGUCGGCUGUGAUGAUGAUGAGGAUGAGGAUGAGGAUGAGGAUGACGAGGACCUUGUGUGUCCCCAUCAUCAUCAUCAUCAUCAUCAUCAUCGUCGUCGUCGGCUCAGUGGAAGAAUGUGUUUUUCCAGGCGGGUGGAGAGAGUCGAGCUGUGAUGGAGCCUGUGUUCAGGUUUCUCUUUUUAUCUGGCGAUCUAAUGACUGCAGCUCAGGUUAGCGUGGAGGUGUGUGUGUUUAUUUUAUUUUAUUUUUAUUUUGGAACGAAACUCUUCAGAGGAGAAUUUUAGUGGAAACAGGAAGUGAGGAAAUUUUUUUUUUACUGCUUCUUUACCUGAGAUGAAACAGGGACGACGUGUGUGUGAGUGUUAUCUUGACUUUAACCAGUCGGGGCAUUAUCACUCCACACAGUCGCUAAUUAGCAUUAUUAGCAUUUUUGACGAGGUUGUAGUGACGAGUCUGAACUGCAGCAGAAAGGGAUCUUUUUUUUUUUUUUAAUGUCUUUUUAUUUCUUUAGAUUUACGUUGCUGUUAAUGUUCAUGUUACUGCAAUAAAAGCAACAUAAGUGAUUGGAGAAAUUAACAGAGUAUUGAUCACUAACCAGCUGUCCUUUAUACUCACUGUGGCCGAGGUGCUGACGGCGGCGGCGGCACGGAGCCCGGCCUCAGGUUUGCUGUGGAUUGCACUCAACAAAGUCGGCACAUGGACUCUGAUCGAGGUCGAGUCGUGACUUCGUACUGUCGGAUCCACGGAUGUGUUAAAAUGAAUCUUUUAAUCCUGUUGAUUUUUUUUUUUUUUUUUUUUGUACAUUUGUACAGAUUUGUUAUGGGUUGUUAUGUUUUUGGUUUUUUUCUUUUUGUUGUACAGUUCUGAUCAAUUCUGAAAUGACGCUGUGCUCAGCUCUCCUCCUCCUCAUCCUCCUCCUCCUCCUCCCACUCCCUUUUCACACAGAGCACCAUUUUAACAGAACAGGUGGAAAUUCAGCAUCAGGUAGAAUCCUGAGCUCAGCGGAAACAUCUGUGUUUAACCACAUAUGUAUUUGAACCGUGCCGCUUCCUCAGGGAGGUCAGAGGUCAGCAGCAGCAGCUGGAGGGGUCGAAGAUAUUUCAGCAGGGUCGGAGGCUUGAACUCUGCUCCUCCAGAUUCAGUGUGUUUACAUGCGCUUUAGUAACCAGGUUACAGUCAGCUGAUCUCUCAAACAUCAUGUCAACCUGAUUUACAUGUUUGCACAGGACAAUAUCUGCAGGCAGCAGCUGGAUAAACCAGACAAAACCAGGCGAGAUUUUAAAACAACUGCAUGUUGCUUCUAAAUUUGUUAGUUUCCACCAUCGACUUCAAACAUGUUGAUAUCGUGAGGAGAAGCUUAACGGCUCAUUCUGCUCUGACACUGACAAACCAAAAUAAAGCAGUUCAAAUAAGUAAAUAAUCCUUUCAAAAUAAAGUUAAUGGCAGAGCAGAAAUCUGAUUACACAUUUCCUGUGUGUGUGUGUGUGUGUGUGUGUGUGUGUGUGUGUGUGUGUGUGUGUGUGUGUGUGUGUGUGUGUGUGUGUGUGUGUAACCUGGUUUCUGAACACACUGUUUGUCUCCUCACAGCUGAGUGAUUCUGCUGAAAACACUACAAACCCUCCAGAUGUUUGUCUGCUCGACAAACACAAACCGAACCUGAAGCCGCUGUCGUUCUGAGUCAGAGGCGGCUUUUCAAUGACGGCGUCCAGCUGUUUGUGUGUUCACGCUGCGAGUUUGACGAAGCGUUUUUAAUUUUCAUCUUUUUAACGGCAAAGCUUUGAUUGAGUGUGCGACACAUGCAGACACAUUGUAUUGGUGACGGCUUUGAUUUUCGUUGUUUGUUUUAAUAGCCGGGCGACAAAACAGGUGCUGAUAAGGUCACAUUAAUAAACAGAAACAGAGAAGGAGGAGAAGGUUCAACCCUUCAACCUCAGAGCCGAAGUCAUUUAACUUCUUCAAACAUCACUUUCUUUCUGUUAUCUUUACAAUAAGUUUGUCUCCUGCUGCGUUCAGUCGAUCCCUGUCGACUCCCAGUCUGAAGAUGAAGUGACAUUUACCAGGUGGUAAAUACUCAUGAACUCACGGAGAGAAAAGAAACAGGCUGUAAAUAACAAACGUUCACUGAUGUAAACAGCUGUUUGGAGCGUCUGCGUGAUGUGAAUUUUCUUCUUCCUGAGCCGGAGACGGGGGAAAGUUUGCGGAGGAGACGUUUGCAGUCGUGCGGGUUGUUGUAAGUCGACUCAUUUCAAACACUAAGUCAUUACAGCCUCUUCUGCAGCUUCUGCGUCAGCUGACCCCCGACAGGACCGAGGUGUCACAUGCUGCUGGUUGGUUGCAGUGAAAUAAUCCCUCUGCAUCUGAACGUGAACACAAGUUAUAAUCAGACUGAUUAUCAGGCUUUUAUCCGUCAGUUUAACCUCUGACACCUGAAGCCUUGUCGUUGUUUCAGAUGAAUUUUCCUGCUGAUAAAUGUUCAAACUUGACGAGUUGACAAGGAUCGACUGAACUAAACCUGCAACUAACGAUUGAUUACUUCAUUAACUGACGAUGAAAACGAUCAACAGUUGCCCAGAGGAAACGGUGAUGCUUUUAAGUGUCUGAUGAACAGUCCAAAACCCAAAGAGAUUCAAUUUACAUAUAAAGCAGGGAAAACGGCAAUUAGUCCAAAUUAUACUCGCAUGAAAAACAGUAAAUGACCUGAUGAUAAUUCGACUUGGACUGAAAUACAUUUGAAUAAAUUUGGUGGUUUGGAGUCGGUGUGCAGCAGGAAGUCUGUUAUCAAAACAAUCUGAUGAUUGGCAAACUAGUGGGUCAACUAAUCGUUUCAGCUGGACCCUGAACGCAUCAUGAACUGCGUCAGUAGAAACAUGGAGCAGAUACUCGUGGUGUCUCUCUUUCUCACGGUGUGAACACACAGCAGCUCCAGGACUCUGAUCACUGAUCUCCAGAGGUGACGCACCCUCAUCGCCUUCGUCAUCAUCAUCAUCAUCAUUAUCAUCAUCAUCAUCAGUAGUGAGGAGGCGACCUGGGACAGCUGAGAGAGAGGUCGUUGUGUUUAGUUGCUGAGCUGCUCACUUCCUGUCUCAUGGAUUUUUAAUGUUCCCGCUCUUUAAAUGAAGGCGGCAGUUUGGUGUUUUUCUUUUUUUUCCUAGUUUUUUUUCUUUGGAUGUUUUAAUUGUUUUAAAUGCUUCUAAAAAAAAAAAAGGGCUUCAAUCAGAAUGUAACCCAGCAUAUCAUUGUUCAAUACUAAUUCCUUCAGAAAUCUUUAAGUAUAUAUUAUAUAUAAAUAAUGUAUUGCUUAAAGUC